AGAAGAAGAAGAAGAAGGAGGAGGAGGAGGAGUCCAGUUUUCUUAAUAAUGUUGUGGACAGAGUAGAUAAGACAGGAGGAGCUAAUAAUAAGUUAAAUAACCAGCAAAUAAAUAUACUGCCGGCUGCUGGCUCUCUCCGCCUUCGCCAACCACCAACCAAACGACCAACCAACCACGUUUGGCCCUGUAUGGGUUUCCUGCGCCCCAGCCGACCUAGGUAUCCUCUAUAUCUAUCAUGCUCGCUGCCAGAUCCCACCCCCUUACCAUCACUUAACGGAACAGCCUGCUCGCCCGUGCUAUCUCCCCUGCUAUCUCCCGUGCUAUUCGCUGCCUGGCCUCCCAUCUAGGCCGUCCUUGAGAGACACCUGCAGGCACCUGCUUUGUUGCUUGCCAAAGACUUCGCUCCCUUCCAACCCUAAGUUACUCGCUGCCGCCGCCUCCCUGUUCCUGGAGCUAGUAGCCAAAAGGCAGGUUUCAAAGUUAUCCACAGGUGCUUAGAGGAUUUGGUUCCUCUCCAGCCAUCCUCGAACGCUUCUACCGACGGCGACCUGUUUUGAUUCUACUCUGCGGAUUAUCUCCAUAACAUUCCUUCCCCCGCCUGCCUUCCCUCACUAACACUCACUAACGAUGGCUGGCACACGAAAUUACGAUUUUUUGAUCAAACUCCUUCUCAUCGGCGAUUCGGGCGUAGGCAAGUCAUGUUGCUUGUUGCGGUUUAGCGAGGAUUCAUUUACCCCAUCUUUCAUUACGACGAUCGGAAUCGACUUCAAAAUCAGAACGAUAGAACUAGACGGGAAACGUGUAAAGCUACAGAUAUGGGAUACGGCUGGCCAGGAAAGAUUCAGGACCAUUACCACCGCAUACUACCGAGGUGCCAUGGGAAUACUUCUUGUUUACGAUGUGACCGAUGAGCGGUCUUUCAACAACAUCCGGACGUGGUUUUCGAAUGUCGAACAACAUGCAAGCGAAGGAGUACAUAAGAUGCUUAUCGGCAAUAAAUGCGACUGGGAAGAGAAGAGAGCCGUAUCAACAGAGCAGGGCCAGCAACUAGCCAACGAACUGGGAAUCCCCUUCCUUGAAGUCUCAGCGAAGAAUAACAUCAACGUUGAAAAGGCAUUCUACACUCUAGCUUCUGACAUAAAGAAGGUUAUGGACACAAACAAAUCCGAACAAGCCGGCUCCCAGGGCGUUACAAUAGACCAUCAAGGAGCCGGGCAAGGCAACCUUGGAGGUAAAUGUUGUUAGGAUUGCUUUCUUUUUUCUUUUUCUUCUCCCCCUUUUCUUCACGUUUUCUUUUUAUUUCCUUUGUUUAUGCGAACAGGCGGCAUUCCUUGUACUAUCUAGAUGGAGAUGGACUUUUUACCCCAAAGAUCUCCUACUUUUAGUUACCAACCCUGUUAAUGUGGCGUCCCCAGAUCCCUUCAUCUUAGUAUGUAUCCCCAGUCGACCCAAUCUCUUUUGUUCCUAUAUUUUAUUUCUUGCCUUAUUGAUUUUUCGUCCACUUGAUAAUGAUUCCAUUCCCGCUUCCACCUGUUCGUCCUUGUUUGCUUGCCUAUGCUUUGUUUCCUAGAAGGCGUCAUUUCAUUUUGCAUUCGUUUAUUUCGCACAAAUAUAUCUUUCCAUCCAGAAUAACCAAGUGAGCUGUAUUGAAUCACGAUAACUUGUGCAAUCCAUAUUGAAACCGUAUGGUUGUUUUGAUGAAACUGCCCAGGCCUGGCGAUUUCAGGCGGCUUUAUCCCCAUGGGUGAUAUCGCAUGUGUAGUAUUUGGCUUAAUAAACAAACAUGUUUUAAGGCACUGAUAGCUUCACUGGAUAUGUAGACUAUGCCACUCGAGCAGUUGUUUCGACUGGUUUUACGUAGAUACCCGG